UAUGAACACAUAAAAAAUAUAAAAAAAAAGUUGGUGGUAAAUAAGACAUACUCCCUUAUAUGUAACAAGAAAUACAUCUAUAAAUAGCUUCCCCUUUGGAUUGUUAAUGUCCACAGCUACAAUAGAAAAGAGAGAGAAAGCUUCUGCUUGGUGAAUACAUACAUUUUCUUAAGCAGAAGUUUUGAUAAUCGAUAGUUCGAUAUGUUGCCAAUUGGAUUGUCUUCUGUUUAUCUAUGGUUCAGUACUGCAGCCGGCAUUGCUGGCAAUAUCUGUGCAAUUUCGUUGUAUGUGUCACCAAUGCCAACAUUUAAAAGAAUUAUCACAAACAAGUCAACAGAACAAUUCUCAGGAUUGCCUUACAUAUAUGGUCUUUUAAAUUGCUUGAUAUGCACAUGGUAUGGCCUGCCUAUAGUGAAGAGUGGUAUUAUAAUGGUGGCUACAGUCAAUUCAAUCGGAGCUGUUUUCCAGUUAGUCUACUUGAUCAUUUUCAUUACUUACGCCGAAAAAUCAAUUAAGCUGAGGAUAUCGGGAUUGCUCGCAGCAGUUUCUGUUCUUUUUGCGGCUGUUGUACUUGUGAGCUUAAGACUUGUAGCCCAUGAGAGGGAACUGUUCGUUGGAUAUCUAUGUGCUUUUUCAGUAGUUUCAGUGUAUGCUUCGCCGUUGUUUAUCAUCAAUUUGGUGAUCAAAACAAGAAGUGUUGAGUUCAUGCCAUUUAAUCUUUCUCUUGCAACUUUCUUGGUGAGUUUCUCUUUCUGUGCAUACGGAGCGUUGCAGGGCGACCCUUUUGUCUAUAUCCCAAACGGUCUCGGUACAAUUUUAGGGUUUGUCCAGUUGGUUCUGUACUCCUACUAUAGCAAAAUGUCUGGAGAUGAUGACUCAAGAGAACCACUGCUUGCUUGAUUUCGGAUGCGUGCGUGAACGAACUUACUGGACUAGUUAAAACUCAAUGCAGUAAAAUCAAAGCCCUAGGUCAUAAAUUGUGAUAGUGAGAACAAUAUCAAGAGAUUAUGAAGGGUUUGGAGUUGCUACGUGAUGCACAGAAGUAUCUCACGCGUCUAUCAAUAAACAAGAUCACAAGAGGAUCAUAUUAGCCCUAGGUCAACUUUUGGAUUAUUUCCGCAAUUAGCACUGUUUAUCUUCUCAUAUCUUCUCUUAGUUGUUAAUUAUUUACUUAAUUAGGAAAAUGUUGUAAUAUUUCCAUUUAUUAUUGUACUUUUAGUAUUUUCCUAAGGAGUCUAGGGUUGUCACCCUCUGUAGCCUAGCCUUGUAAUUCAUUAUUCAGUUUACGUCGAAUUGAUGUCGAAUUUAUAAAAUAUCUUUACCACUGUCAACUAAC